CCGCCUUUUCAGUGUCGUCCGCCUCGCCGCCCACAUCCCAUUCGUCGGCGGCUGACUGCGGUGGAGCAGCUCGGCCCUCUCCUAUCCCUUCGAAGGCGGUUGGUGGCGUGGAGAAGAACUGCUACAUCGAGCCGCUCAUCAAGGGAGCCGGGCCACCGCGGAAUGUCACCAGAGGCCGGCGCCUACGCCCGAACGACCAAGAUAAACAAGUUUCUUCUUCGUUCCUACGAGCGGAUGCCGAAUCGGUGCCCAUCGUGUCCAUCUGCCUCGCCUCCUCUGUCCCUACAUUGGCUUUGUGCUGUUGGAGUCUUGGAGAUGCCAACAUCAUGUAGCAGUAUUGGAGGGGCCAUACACCUAAGAGCAUUGGCAGAUCGGAAGAGGUGGUUGUGGCGGCUGGUUGGUCUGCCGGUCGGCGAAGGGAAGAGCAACAGCGCCGGGCAGCCGCAGGCUAAUUUUCAGGUGGAGGAACAUGGGGGUGAUGGUGGUGGCUGACUAAGUCGGACGGUUUCUUUGAUUUAGACCCAUCCUACAAAUCCUAGGUUUCUCUUAAUCUAGAUUCCCUAUUUUUUGGUACUAUAUGAUUUGCUUCCAUCUAGAGGCGUUGAAUGAAAUCUGAUACUACUUUUUCUUCCUGCACGAUGAGCUAACGUCCUUGGGCAUGACUAUUUUUCUAUUCUUCACGAUCUCGCCAGGACACUCGCAGAGGCAAAGUAAUCCGGCAGCCAAGCUACAUGCUAAGAAGACUACAAUUGAUUCAUGGUGUAACACCGGAGCAAGAUGCCCAGGGAGAAGCCGCCUCCGUCUUCGUGUGGCUGCUAGAAUUGCCGGAUCAACCUGCUGGCAGUAGUCCAGUUCAUCUCAUGAAUAAGCUCUCUAUUCUUUAAUCAGAUCCAUAAGCUGCUCAAUAUGCUGUUGUCUGACGUCACCACAUGCCUCUACCGGUUGUAUAACCUUCGACCAUUCAAUGGCAUCUGUGCUAAGAGCCUAGAUUAGUUUUCAUAUCGAUGGAUGUGUGCAUGGGCAAGAUUGGCUUUAUCCUUGGCAUAUAUAUUCAGCCUUAUCUAUUACUUUUCUAUGUAACCU